UAUUCCUAACCUUUAGUUAUGUUUGGUUUAUUGCAUUACAAAUGCACGUGUCAAAGAAACAUCUCUAGUACUUUUAAUUAGUGAACCUACUCAAACAACAUAAUGGCAUUGAAUAAAAAGAAACCGAUAUUAGCAGAUAAGAUAAAUAAUCUAAUAAAUGCAGCACCUACUAAUAUAAUAUCAGACGACGAAAAUGAGGAAACAAAAGCCAAAGUGGUAGAACAUUAUGAGGAAAGUGAUGAUGAUUCCAAUAAUGCUAUCAAACAAUCCCAAAUUCGUAAACAAAAUGUACAAUUCUUGGACGAAUUGGAUAAAAGGUAUGAAGGUAAAAAAGUAUCUAGAAAGGAUAUAUAUGAAAAUCAUGAAAGUAACAGUGAAGAUGAAGAACCUGAAGAUGAUGAAUCCACAGAUGAAAUGAACAACGAUGACGAAGAUGAAGAUUUAAGUGACGAAGAUAAAGAGGAAGAACUUACAGAAGGAUCUGAUGAUAAAGAUGAUGAUGAUGAUGAUGGUGAUGAAGAUGAUUAUGAGGAAGAAGAAGAAGAAGAAGAAGGUUUAGAUAAGGACAAUCCACUUUACAGAGAAAGAGAUGACGAUUCAAACUUUAAAACAAUGUCUGCUAUUAACGUCAAUCAAGAAAUGGAAAAAGGACAAUGUAUUAAAAAUCAAUUAAGGAUUUGGGAAAGUUUAUUAGAAAUGAGAAUAAAAUUGCAACAAUGUCUUGCUGAGAGUAAUCAAAUGCCACAAUAUGAUGCACAAAAGAAUUACAGGAGAGAUGUAGAUUUUAUGAAAAAAACCAAUGAAACUAAAUCCAAGUUAACUUUGCUUUUGGAUAAUAUGUUAAAUUUACAAAGUACAUUAUGGAAACAAUUUCCAGAAACUAAAUCUUUAAAUAGAAAUAAAAAUGAAGAUGAAGGGGAACAAGAAGACGAUGAUAAUGGGGAUGAAGAAAUUCCAUCAGACACUGAAGAUGAAGAAGCGGAAGAGAAUGAUGAGAAUGUUGAUAGUUCGAAUGAAAGUAACACGAAAGAAAACAACACUCUCAAAAGGAAAUCCAAAUUUACGGAUUAUGAAAAGAUAUUGAACAAAAGACAUAAGUCUUACGUUAAUUACAGAAACUCUGUAAUUAAUAAAUGGGAUGAAAAAACCAGAAUGGUAACAUCCCAGUCAAAGAAAGGUACUACUAGUCAUACUACAAUAGAACGAAUAGAUUUUGCUUUAAGCGACAAAGUUAAAUUACUUAAAAUGACACAGUUAAAACGUUCAGAAUACGAUAUAAUUGGUAAAUCUGUUCCUACGUCGAACGGUGAGGAUAAACUUGUUGAAGAAUACGAUACAGAAAUUUAUGACGAUGAUGACUUUUAUGGUCAACUUCUUAAAGAUUUGAUAGAAUGUAAAUCGUCUGAUAUUGAACCUGAACAACUCAGAAAAUAUCGUAUUGAUCUAAUGGAGAAAAAGGAAAGAGAAAGGAGAAAAAUGAAGAAGGAUAGAAAAGUAGAUACUAGAGCUAGUAAAGGUAGAAAAGUACGAUACAAUGUUCAUAAUAAAUUAGUCAAUUAUAUGGCUCCUAUUACGGUGUAUGAUACUUGGACCGAUCUUUCGAAAAAUGAACUUUACAAUUCUUUGUUUGGUAAAAUAAAACCUGUUGAAACGAUACAACAUUAAUUAUUAAAAUAUAUAUAUAUAUAUAUAUAUAUAUAGUAGGAUGUAGAACAUACAUUCUAAAUAAAGUAGGUAUUCGUAAGGAAUUGGAAUGAAAGUCCUUUGGUAGUUGAAUAGUUAAAAUUGUUAAAAUGGAGAAAGGAAGGUUUGAAUAGCCCAGUAGUCAGAAUCAAAUCCAACUGGUUCAUUUUUUUGUCACGAAUCUUACAAUAUCAUAUAAAAAAGAUUAUUUGUAAUAUUGUCAUCUUAUUUGCAUAUAUGUCAAUGUAUCAAAACAAUUACCUCUCUGUAUCAUUAUUACAAUUAUAAGACUCUCUUCCACAUAGAUUAUAAAUUGUAUUAAAUUAUAUUAUAUUAUAUACAGGAUGUCCCAAAAAUUAAUUUACCAAAUUGUACUAUUAGAAAUCUAUUAUCUAUCAUAAUCUUAACAAGUGUACAAGUUUACAUAAAGGUUGUGAGUUUUAGGACACCCUGUAUACUGUAUUAUAUUAUAUAAUAUAUCAUACAAUUUAUAUAUUAUUAAAUGAAUACCUCCCCCCCCCCCAUCUGUAUAAUUAUUGAAUAUGUAUGUAUUUUGUAUGUAUUAACAAUGAACACAUGAACGAAUAAAUGUUUAAACAUAAA